AUUACGUCAUGUUAGAUCAAGCAAUAUCAAUAUAUUGCUUUUUGUUUGCUUUAGCCUGUCUGAUGUAUUUAUACUUGUUGGACGAGUAGUGCAGGGUAUGUACUGUAGCUUUAGGGGUCUGAUUUGAAAUUUCUAAUCUUCCAGGCAAACACAGAAAGCACCCUUGAGGUCGUAGUAAUGCUGGUGGUAUGCAUCACCACAGAAUCAACUUUGACAAAUACCAUCCAGGAUACUUUGGAAAGGUCGGUAUGAGACAUGACCACCUGAAGAGGAACACAACUUUCUGUCCCACCAUCAACCUGGAGAGGCUGUGGACGCUGGUGAGUGAGCAGACCAGGCUCCACCAUGCUGGGAAGCCUCAUGGCCCUGCUCCCAUCAUCGACGUUGUGUGCUCUGGCUGCUACAAAGUUCUGGGCAAAGGCAAACUGCCGAAGCAGCCAGUGAUUGUGAAGGCCAAAUUCUUCAGCCGACGGGUCGAGGAGAAGAUCAAGGCUGUGGGAGGAGCUUGUGUGCUGAUGGCAUAAUGCUUCUGUCAUGUUUUUGUAAAAAUAAAGGG